AUGGAUCCCAUUAAGUACAUCUUUGAAAAGCCAGCUCUCACAAGGAAGAUAUCCCGUUGGCAAAUGUUGCUCUUCGAGUUCGACAUUGUAUUUGUGACAGGAAAAGCCAUCAAGGGCCAGGCCAUAGCUGAUUACCUAGCAGACCAGCCGCUAAAUGAUCUAGAACUUUUGGAAUCCCUCUUUCUUGAUGAGGAUGUCAUUGCACUAGAGCCAGAGCCGGACAAUGUGGAACCGUGGCAUUGGAAGCUCUAUUUUGAUAGAGUAGCCAAUUCUAUUGAAAAUGGAGUGGGAGUCUUAGUUUCCCCCAAGGGCCAACAAAUCCCUAUUUCAAUCAAGUUAAAUUUCGAUUGCACCAACAACGUCACGGAAUAUGAAGCGUGCAUAGUCGGCCUACAAGUGGCCCUAGAGUUCUACGCCUCUAACUUGAGCAUCUUUGGAGAUUCCUUGUUGAUCAUCUCCCAAAUCGAAGGAAAAUGCAAGCCUGAGACACCAAGUUGA